CGUGUCUGAACUCUUACUUAACGUCUAGUCUUUCUGUUGAGGUGCACGCGGAUUGACCACUCCUUGGGCUUUAUUUCCGUGGAUAUUUUGGGGAAAGCUAAUUCGCAACCAUGACUGAUGCGCAACAGGAGGCUCGCUCAUUCUUGAGCGAGGAGAUGCUUAACGAGUUCAAGGCUGCCUUCGACAUGUUCGACACCGACGGUGGCGGUGAUAUCAGCACCAAGGAAUUGGGUCAGGUCAUGAGGAUGUUGGGCCAGAAUCCGACAAGAGAGGAGUUGGAUGAAAUCAUUGAGGAGGUCGAUGAGGAUGGUAGCGGCACAAUCGACUUCGAGGAGUUCUUGGUCAUGAUGGUGAGGCUCCUAAAGGAGGACCAGGCCGGCAAGUCCGAGGAAGAGUUAGCGGAAUGUUUCCGUGUGUUCGACAAGAAUGCCGACGGCUACAUAGACAGAGAAGAGUUCGCCAUCAUCAUCCGCAGCUCUGGCGAGCAAAUCUCAGAGGAGGAGAUCGAUGAGCUGCUGAAGGAUGGAGACAAGAACGCUGAUGGCAUGCUGGACUUUGACGAAUUCCUCAAGAUGAUGGAAAAUGUGCAGUAAAACAGAGACUCAUGGACAUUCCUCCUUCCUUUGACCCCCUGCUGACCUAUUCUGAUCCUCUAUUGACCCACUCCAACCUGCCCUUCCCCUCUUAUCUGGUCCAUUGCCUCUGUUCCUCCACCUCGAUUCAACAGACAGGCACCUGGUGGGGGUUACCAGGGCUUUUGAGCCCUUCUUGCUUGUGAUUAUGACGCCAAGCUGCUGCUGUUCUCCAAAUCAGGUGGGCAAGGCCAGGAUGUGAAAUUCACUGCAACUCCACAGUAUGGCUCAGUGCAUCAUGGGCACCUACCACCUCAACAGCCUGAAGCUGGGAGCUUAGUCGGGAUGUAGUCUGACGGGUAGCUUGUGAUCGCUGCUUAGACCAAUGCCAACGGUAACCACAUCACUGUAAUAACAAAUUAUUGCUUGAAAGGAGAUAAAUUAAUAAACACAUGCUCACUGGAAGUUGGUCUGUACGCUAUUAUUGAGGAAUAUCAAUAAAAUGUUUUUAUGUUUUA